AUGUCCCCACCAACUGCCCCUCUCCUUGCGCCUUAUACAGCAUCACCAUUCCCAGCCCAGUCACUGACCCUUAUCACGUCAGUUCUUGGGGCCACCAGUAACUGGCUGGUGCUGAGGAUUCUACACGAUGCUCUGUUGAACUCAGGCAAUGGUGUGUGCGAGGAUGAGCCAGGGUUUGAUACCGGAAGAGAGGCGAGAAGGGGAAAACGGCGGGUGGUUCUUGUGAGUUUUAUCAGGGGUUGGGAGUUUUGGAGAGGGGAGGCGAGGAGGUUGGGACUCGACCUCGCCAGACUAUCCAAUGAACGCAGCUUCAAUUUCGUAGACGGGGUUUCGGAAUUCUUCUCAGCAUCAAUUCCAUCUCCGCCAGCGAUAAGCAGCGCUUCAACAAUAUCCUCCCGGGCACCGUUACACCCCCCUCAGCAUGUCUGGGGACCAUUGCCAACUACCUGUCCCACAACAACUACGAGCCUGCACAAGAGCAGCAGCAGCAGUAGCGGCACAAGAAAGCUUCGGUGGUCGAGCAGGAGUAACGCUGGCCUAGAUGCGCUGGAAUACGAGAUUGCUUCUGCCAUCGAUGACCUCACCAGUACCUCGUCAUCAGAUGAACAGCCAAUGGAAAAUGAGAUUCUCCUUGUGGUUGAUCAACCGGAUUUGCUGUUGGCUGCUACAGGGCCAAGAAUGGGUGUUGGGGCAGUGGAGAUGGGUGAAUUUUUAUUGGGAUUACGGCAGCGGGUUCAUUCUACAGUCGUUACUCUGGCCGCAGAUUCACCGUUGAUACAUACGGAAUUUUCAGGGUCGGUGCAGCAACAGUCAACACCACUUGAGACUGAACAUGCCUCUCUAGUCGUUGGAGUGGCACAUCAAGCUAGAGUGGUCAUGCAGCUGAGAGGUUUAGAUACCGGUGUUGCGCUGGAUGUGAGCGGUGUGCUACGGAUUAGUAAAGGGGGCGGAUGGGUCCCGGAAAAAGGGGAAGUGAAUGGGCACAGUCAGACAGGCUUGGAGGAGAGGGAGGUGUUGUACUUUGUGCAAGGGGAUGGCGCGGUUCGUGUUUUCGGAAGAGGCGAGUGA